AUGAUUCGCAAUAUUCUGAUUCUUCUAGUUGCCCUGGUAGCCGCUUCGUACGCUCAAUACGGCUACGGAGGUUAUGGUGGAUACCCAUAUGGUGGUGGGUACCAUGGUGGGUACCAUAGACACCACUAUGGUGGCUAUGGAGGAGGAUAUGGGUACCAGGAGGUUACGGUGGCUACCCAGGUGGUGGAUAUGGUGGAUACCCAUAUGGCGGAUACGGAGGCUAUGGAGGUUAUGGAAUGUAUCGGCCAGGACUCAUCGGAAUGCUUCUUGGAAAAUAAUUGUUCAUUUUUUGAUCUCUAG